UCUGCAGCUGCCUCCCCCUCCUUCUUUCGGUCGCUGUUUCUCCUCUUCCCGCCUCUGCUCAGCUCGGCUCGGCUCAGCUCAGCUUGGCUCUGCUUUCCUCGACCCGCGCCCCAGAUGCAAACAUGAGGCCGCUCUACUUGUCAUCGAUCCGUGUCGAGAUCUGCUCGCAGCAGUCUGCCCUCGGCGACUACCUUAUCACCUGCCAUACCAACCCCAUCCUCGCAACCGACUACUACGUCAUCCACCGCUUCCACGACGACUUUUUGCGGCUCGAGGUCAGUCUCAAGGACGAAGUCCGGAAGAAGAACUUUGCUCCGAAGCGACAACUGGGCUGUCUGCCGGUCACCCUCCUGGCCGUCGAGAACCAUGGCGAGCUCAAGAUUGAGGUUCGCCGGGCUAACGUCGAGGCCUUUUGCAACGAGCUGCUGCUGGUUCCCGAGAUUGAAUACAACAAGCACUUUGUCCGUUUCUUCAGCAUCUACGUCUCAAAAGACCUCCCGAUCUUCCAAGUUCCCUCCGUCAUCUUCGGCUCCCCACACGACAUUACACAAUCUCUAUCCCAGAGCUUUGCGGACCUGUUCGAUUUGCGGAUGAUGAGCCACAAGCGGCGCAACCAGUCGCAGCUCGUGCACUCUGUCCCCAUCUCCAUGUCCUCACCGACCAGCCCGUUGGCGUCAAUCGAGUCUCCAGACAGCAGCCCUCAAAACCGAAUCAGAACCAGCCUACAGUCAAAGCUGUCGAUCCUGCUGAGAGACACCCUGGAUGCCGUCCAGUUCUAUGAAGACUCGGAAGCGAGUCCAGGGUCGUGUGACCACGAUAUUGGCGAAGACGACGUAUCUGCGCGCCUGUCCCUGCUGGAGGUGACCACGCCAUUGAGCAAUGAUCAGCCGCCCACUGCCAUCUACCGGAAGCACGAGUCCCACUUCACCAGCCUCCUCACGGCCACGACGGCAACUCUCACGGAGCUCCACCGACAGACUGAGCCGCUGCUCCAAAAUUAUCGCUCCGACUCGUCCGAGGCACCACUCCUCGACGCAGAGGAUGAUGCCCACGGACCCCAUCCCGACGACUUGGAGGCCGGGCUUCCCUACCAAGCCCGCACUCAGUCCGAUCCUUCGCAGCCCGAAUACGUGCGGCUCCAGAGCGACACUUCUCGGGAGAGUCCCUUUGCCCACAUGAACUCGCGCCUUGCCAUCUUUGGAUCGCAGACCCUGACCCGCUUCAAACGAAGCAUCACGCAACUGCGACAAAUGACAAGCGAGGCCAUCUUUCUGGGUCGCAAGUAUUCCGGCGAUGAUCUCAGGCCCGGGGCGCACGUCGAUAUCUAUCAGCAUCCAGAUCUGCAGAUGCAACGCCAGCCAUCGAUCCCGAUGAAGCCCACCGUCGUCUUUCUCGAUGAUUUGCGGCCCGUGCCCAACCCGGAGCUGAACGCCGCCGAAGCAGCAACGAUUGCGAUUGCCAAGCCCGGCGGAACCAAAGCGUCUGGAGGUCCCGCCGAGAUCCAGGUGCUGACCAAAAAGUCCUCGGACGAGUCUUUCAGCGGCUACGGGUCUUCGGUUCGCGGGUCGGAGCGGAUGGUGCCAUCGCUGCUGAUGAAUGCUCCCCAGACAUCCGAUGACCUUGAUGCCGAUGUCAAUACCGAUGCCGAUGCCAAUACCGAUGCCGAUGCCAAUGCCGAUGCAGACGAUGAUGCUGGUGCCAAUGUCGAUGCCGGCCGGGAGGAACUUCCGCUGCCUCCGCCUCCGCUGGACGUGGUCAGCAUCCGUUCUCAAGCUCAAGCUCAAGCGCCCCUCCUUGCACGCGAACCAUCCGACGAUGCCUAUCCCAAUGACGACAUCCGUCCCGCCGACGACGAUGCCUCCUAUUCCGUCGAUCUCCUGGCCAUCCGCCGCUGUGGCAGUGCCGACUACAUCGUCCCGGCUGCAGACCAUGCCGCCGCCCUGCCGCGCAAGUUCACUUCCCUGCCGCGCCAGAAACGGGUCUCGGCAUAUGCAGCUGUUUUCCAGCGGCCACCUGCGGACUGGAGCGCUUCUUGGAUUGUGCAGAAUCGCUCCAGCACCCUCAACCCGCCAGAGCAUGCCGGAACCGCCUCGCGCCGCAAGACCGAGCACUUUGACACGAACGAAUCCUCUCGCUUCCCUUUCCAGAUCCUCACCCAUCGUGACAGCUUGGCGGCCCCUGGCGAAGGCUCGACCGGCAAGCGAAAGCGUGGCUGGCUACCCAAGAAGGACGAGCCCCUCAAACGGCGGGCCAGCCAAGAGGUUCCCACGGAACACAGGCUGAGCUUCAAGGGCGUCCAUCACACCAGUCCGCUUGACGAUCUCGUCAUCAACCGCCAACACCUGGAGUCGGCCUUGAGCCCGAUUGCCAGCAAGGUCAACCGACCCAUUCGCCGGUCUUCCAAGAUUUACGUUCCCAAGCCAGAUGUUCCGCUGGCGCCGAGCAGCUCAUUACAGAGCCCGCCGUCGACGGCUUCGCUCGCCUCCGAUGCCCACUUGGCUGUGGGGCCGACCGAGCUUGGCUCGGUAUUGGCCCGCACCGAGGCUGGCUCAAGAGAAUCAACCCUCACCAUGGAGAAACUCUCGCGUUCGUCGUCGCUGAGCUAUCGGAAGCCGCCCGCCCGGUCCUCCGGAUUCCACAUCAAAGGCUUCUCGCGACUGAAGAACAUCCUGAUUCCUCAAAAAUAGUCUUGCUCUCUCCUGGUUAUAGUUUUUGCAUCGACCAUCUCCCCCACCCA